UCCAGCUUAGUCCCGUCCAGCUCCAGGAGGCGUUGACAUCCCCGUCGGCCACUCGGGUCAUGACGGCCAGACACCCCCUCGCGCGCCUCGUCUCGGGCUACCAGGACAAGUUCAACGACGGGCAGCGCGCUCUGAGAUCGAUGUGGGGUUAUUUAACUCAAAGACAUUGCAGGAACUGCACUCGCCCCGACGGGACUCUGCCUUUUCCUCAGUUUCUCUCGUUGGUCUUAAGUGAGUUCAGGAAAAGGGGCGUGGCAGGGUUAGACAAGCACUAUCGUCCGUACUCCACCGUCUGUAGUCCCUGCGGAAUCCAGUACGACUACAUCUUCAAGCAGGAGACCUUCGAUGAAGACCUUCGCUACUUGACCCAGGUUCUUGAUCUGAAGGAGGUGAAAGCUGGGCUACGAACGAACACGAAAGGGGACAGGUCGCAACAUUCUCGCUACCUGGAGUACUAUAGGGAUGUUCCUCCUGAUGUCUUGAAGCAGAUCUUCAGAUUGUAUGAAAAGGAUUUUAGAAUUUUCGACUACGAGAUUCCUGAGAUUCUCUUGAAAAAGAUACAAGAUUAAAUAUUUGCAUCCCAUUCACCAUUAUUAUAAUUAG